GCAGUGGGCAUUCAACUGCUCUUGCACGAGUAUCCUCUUCUUCCACCGAACGGCGCCCGACAUCACUCACGCCCGGUAUUCUCUUUUGAAGAUGUGGUUUCUAUCUAUCCGUUGGUAAAGCACCUUCAUCCCCACGCCUUCCACGCCUAUCGAUACUUCACCUCGGGUCAGAGACGCAUUGCUGAGGGAUUUCUUCAACGCGGCUCUGAGCUGAUCUCAGAGGCACUGAAUCUCCUUAACACUGUUUAUGGUCCUCUGCAUCCCGAUAUUGGCGCCUGUAACAGACUUCUUGCUCGCCUCUCUUACGUCAUGGGUGAUCACCAAACAGCUCUGCUCUACCAACAACGCGCCACUAUGAUUAGCGAGCGUGUCCACGGCAUUGAUAAUCCUAGCACCGCUGCUGAAUAUAUACACAUGGCGCUGUAUUGCUUCGCCUGUGGCCACGUGUCGAUAGCUUUUCAACUGCUUUAUCGGGCCCGGUACUUGGCUCUCUUGUUUCACGGUGAAAUCCAUCCCGAACUCGCCCAAAUUGACGUUAACAUUAGUCUCAUGCUUCACGCGGUGGAGGAGUACGACACUUCUGUUACCUUCCUUGAAAACGCCCUCAAGUUGAAUAAGAUUUUCCACGGUGAAAAGAGCUUGAAGGAGGCAUUCAACUCUCACCUUUUGAGUCAGACUCAUGCCUACAGAGGCGACUUUCGUUCGGCGUUGGAGUGUGAGAAGCGUCGUUACACUAUCUACCUGGAACGGUUUGGUGAGAACAGUGAAUAUACCCGAAACAGCUACGAGUGCCUACACAAACUCACUCAGCAGGCCGUCAAUGUGGCUCGCCAGCUGCAAAAGCCCUUCGGAGCCUCUAGGACCUCAGACACCCUAAAUGGUAAUGGGAGGGCAAAGAAAGUGGCUGCCACUUUGGGGCUCGGUCAGGCUCUCCCCACACCCAGCUUUUUGACCAUUCUCGAUACUCUUAAUCGAGUAAACGGAAUUUUUUAUGUCCACCUAAAUCCAUUGGUUACCGUUUCUAGAGGAGACGGCGAUAAAGAUGGCUUGAGCAGAAAGGAAGCGAAUGCGGUGCAAAUUUCCCCUGCCGAAGACGAUGGUGAUUCACCAAAGUCCUCUGCUGGAACGGCCGUUUCUGCCAACAAAGUGGAGUGA